AUGAUUGGCCGACGCACACUCUCGCGUCUCUUCCAAGGGCAUCAUGGCCCUUUCAAGAUGCAAGUGCGACAUUUAAACCUUUUGGAGUAUCAGUCGCACAAACUGCUCCGAGAUUUCAAUAUACCUGUGCCCAAUGGACUUGUGGUCACCAGCGCGGAGGAGGCUCGUAAGGUAGUAUCGGAUAUCAGUGCACCAUCGGUUCUCAAGGCCCAAGUACUUGCUGGAGGACGAGGUAAAGGGAAAUAUGAUAGUGACGGAAAAGGAGGGGUUCGAAUUGUUACUUGGCCCAAGGAAGCAUACGAAAAUGCCUCUCAGAUGCUCGGGUAUCAUCUAACGACAAAGCAAACGCCACCCGGUGGCCUAUUCGUGAACAAGCUAUAUAUAUACAAAGCCGUUGAUGUCGCCGAUGAAUUCUAUCUUGCGCUAACGUUUGAUCGCGGCCGAGGCAUGCCAGUCCUCCUGAUUUCGGAUGUCGGAGGCACCAACAUCGAGUCUAACAUUGACAAACUGCAAAAGUUCUGGUUUCAUCUACCGACUGGCCUCACUACAGAGAUAAUAUCCUAUAUCCAAGCACAGCUCGGCUUCUCUGAUAAGGAGAUGGUCGUGGUGGACAAGAUUCUCCAUCAGAUGAUCAAACUUUUCCGAGAGAAAGAUGCGACGCUUCUUGAACUUAACCCUCUUGUUCGCACUCAUGAUGGAAAAUUUAUUUGUCUCGACGCUAAGUUCAGCUUUGAUAACGCGGCGAGGUUCCGACAAGAAGAACUCUUUAGUCUUGAAGAAAGGUCACCGGAGGAAGAAGUGGAGUACCAGGCUUCGAAGCUGGGUCUGUCUUAUGUUCGGCUAGAUGGCAAUAUCGGGAACAUCGUCAAUGGAGCCGGUCUUGCAAUGGCAACCAAUGAUUUGAUUAGUUUAUACGGUGGGAAGUGCGCUAAUUUCCUCGAUGUCGGUGGAGGGGCGACGAAACAGACAUUGAGCAAGGCUUUUGAGAUACUCAACAACGAUUCGCGGAUUAAGGGGAUUCUUGUGAAUAUUUAUGGCGGCAUUGUGCGCUGCGAUAUGAUCGCCGAGUCGAUCGUUGCGGCCGCCAAUGCAACAGGCGGCUUCAAGGUCCCAGUCGUAGUCCGCCUCCAGGGUACGAAUUGCCCACAGGCGCUGCAGCUAAUCGAAAAUUCGGGCUUGGAUAAUGUGAUAGUAGAUGCCGAUUUCGAAUCAGCAGCUCAGAUGAUUGUUGACCGGGUGGGCAACAUGUAA